UAGUCUGGAGGGGCCAGGGGGUUUAGUUACAAAACGGGGGUCUGCAAACCCCUAGCCCCCAUCCUAAACAUCCCAGAGAGAGGCUGUGUGCACGUGUGUGUAUUAUGCAACCCAACUCCCUGCCUACAAGACUCUGCCUGCCUCCUUCAGAACAAAGAGAGUUCAGGGCCAUUAUGUAUCCCUCAAAGUUAUGUAUCUUUCAGACCUCAACUGUAUGUAUACUUUAGGAGGAAUUCACCCCAAACCCCAACAUGACUUUAGACCUCUGUGAACCCAUGUUCUGUUCUGCAAACUGUUACAUUUUCUUACUAGUUUUACAACUCACAUCUUGCAAGCAUGCAGCCCUCGGCGGUCAUGAGGACUGCUUUACCGGCUCACUCUGAGGACACUGUGUGUAUGUGUCUGUGCAUGCAUAUUUGUGCAUGUGUGUACAUACUCAUGUGUCUUCAUGCUUACAUAUGCAUUUCAUGGUGGAGGUUGUAGUGAUCAGGAAUAAGAGCUGUCUGAAUAAAUAGUCCUAUCAUUGGGGGGGGAGGAGAGGAGAGGGAUAAAUCAUUCUGCUUACAGUGUAGACUCCCCCUCCUCCAUGUGCAGUUGUGUAAGAGUGACAUUUACAUAUCUUUGUGGAACUAACUACUGGAGCCAAGGGGUUAGGAGAGGGGAGGAGUAAAGGAGGGGUGGUACAAGCUGGAGGAUAUAAGGACAUUCACUCUCUCCUCACACACACCCUGGAAAGUUGAGCAGUCGCACACACCGAUCUGUAACCAUGAUGCUGAGGAUGAUGGGAGUUCUGCUGUGUGCUGCGCUGGUCGCCUGCGUCAACGUCGUGCCCCAGAAAGACUUCAACCUGGAGAAGAUGGCUGGUAGGUGGUGGAUUGUGGGCUUUGCCACCAACGCCCAUUGGUUUGUGAGCCAUAAGGCUGACAUGAAGAUGGGCACUUCCGUGAUGCUGCCCACCGCCGGAGGAGACCUUGACCUCACCUACACCAACCUGAACGCUGAUGGUACUUGCUGGAGGAUGACACAUCUAGCCAAGAAGACUGACAUCCCAGGCCGCUUCACCUUCACCAGCCAGCGUUGGAACAAUGAAAAUGACAUGCGUGUGGUGGCUGUCCAGUAUGAUGACUUUGCUCUGAUCCACACCAUCAAGACCAAAGACGGAGUACCUGAGGUGCUCAACAAGCUCUACAGUCGCACUCCAGAGGUGAGCACAGCACUGCAGCAGAAGUUCAUGCAGUUCUCUCUGGAUACAGGAAUCAUCUCUGACAACAUCGCUAUCCUGCCCAAGAAUGGUGAAUGUACCGAGGCAUAAAGUGUUUCUUCACUGAACCCCCCCCCCCCUCUCCUUCAUCCCUCGUCAAAUCCUCUUCCACGGUUCCACCUCUCCUUUGUCUCUCCAUUUCACAUCCAAACUCUUCUCCUGGGAGAAGACUGUGAAACAAGAAACCCCACCCCCUCGAUGCACCACUCUUCAUCCCUUUUCUACAUGUUUUUUACUGCUGAUAUCUGUUGUUUUGAUUUUCUUGUGCUGAAAUAAAGAAUGUGUAACAA